GGGUAUUUUUGUUUUUCUUUAGGAAGAAGCAUUUUUUGACACUAUUAUUUCAUUUUAUGGUAAUUUAAGAUCAAAGGGAGUAUCUUUGUGUUAUAAUCUCCAGCACAGUGCACGGCACAUGGCUUUUCAGUAAAUAUUUUAAAUGAAGUGAACAGGAUGCACGUCUCUUCUCAAUGAAUUCAGAACAUAGCACCCAGUUUUUUGUACAGGUGCUUAAUAACUAUUGCUCAAAGCAAUUUGAGCAAUUAAAGAGAAUUAUGAAUGGGGUUUUGGAGAUUCCAUAUGAGGAAGGUCUCUGUACUAGCCCUACUUGGCAACAUAAAAGCCUAUACUGACAAAGUCCAGUUUGUAGUGUUGGGCAGGGAAUUAGCGUGUUUUAAAUCUUGGAAGCAUUAAAUUAAAUUUUUGUACCUAUAAAUUGCUGUUAACCUUCCAGUAGUGAACUAGAAUUUGGAAAGUGAGAAACUAAAUGUAGCUUACGAAUAACCUUCUUGUGUUCCUUCCCUCCCUGUUUUAAAAUUUAAAAGAAAUUUUGAAACUUGCAGGAAAAUUGCAAGUACAGUACAUUUUUCCUGAAAUGAUUUCCAAUGUUGUGCCUCAGCACCAUUGUGUAUUUUCUACAAGGACAGUCUCUUCAAUACAACCACCAAAUUCAGGAAACUAAGAAUGAUACAUUAAUGCUAUCUAGUUCUCAGAAUUAUAUGUUGCACUUUAUUGUUGAGACUUCUAAUCUGUUUUCAAAGGAUUUUUCGAUCUUUCCUUGACUUUCAUGGCCUUGGUAGUUUCACGUAUUACCGGCCAGUUAUUUUGGAUAAUUUCCCUCAAUAUGUGUUUGUCUUAUCUUUCCUAAGGAUUAGAUUUAGCUUAAUACAUUUUUUUUUUAAAGAUUUAUUUAUUUUAGUGAGAGAGCGAGAGCAUGAGCUCUUGCGAGCAAGUGGGGUGAGGGGUAGAGGGAGAGGGAAAGAGAAUCUCAAGCAGACUCCAAGCUCAGCGGAGAGCCGGGGGUUUGAUCCCACAACCGCGAGAUCACGACCUGAGCUGAAAUACUGGAUGCUUAACCGACUAAGCCACCCAGGCACCCCUACCAUAAUACAUUUCUUGCAUGGGGGGUAAAAUACCACCUGCUACUCAUAAAACUAAAUCAGAAGACAAUAUCAAGGAAGAAAAAACAGAUAGUAAGAAGGCGGAGGAAAACAUAAAGACAGACGAACCAUCAAGUGAGGAAAGUGAUCUAGAAAUUGACAAUGAAGGUGUGAUUGAACCAGAUACUGAUGCCCCUCAAGAAAUGGGAGAUGAAAAUGUAGAGAUAACCGAGGAAAUGAUGGAUCAGGCAAAUGAUAAAAAAGUGGCUGCCAUUGAUGCCCUAAAUGAUGGUGAACUACAGAAAGCCAUUGACUUGUUCACAGAUGCCAUCAAACUGAAUCCUCGCUUGGCCAUUCUGUAUGCCAAGAGAGCCAGUGUCUUCAUCAAAUUACAGAAGCCAAAUGCUGCCAUUCGAGACUGUGACAGAGCUAUUGAAAUAAAUCCUGAUUCAGCUCAGCCUUAUAAGUGGCGAGGGAAAGCACACAGACUUCUGGGCCAUUGGGAAGAAGCAGCACAUGAUCUUGCCCUUGCUUGUAAACUGGAUUACGAUGAAGAUGCUAGCGCAAUGCUGAAAGAAGUUCAACCGAGGGCCCAGAAAAUUGCUGAACAUCGGAGAAAGUAUGAGCGAAAACGUGAAGAGCGAGAGAUCAAAGAAAGAAUAGAAAGGGUUAAGAAGGCUCGGGAAGAACAUGAGAGAGCCCAGAGGGAAGAAGAAGCCAGACGACAAUCAGGAGCUCAGUAUGGCUCUUUCCCAGGUGGCUUUCCUGGGGGAAUGCCUGGUAAUUUUCCUGGAGGAAUGCCUGGAAUGGCAGGGGGGAUGCCUGGAAUGGCAGGAAUGCCUGGGCUCAAUGAAAUUCUUAGUGAUCCAGAGGUUCUCGCAGCCAUGCAGGAUCCAGAAGUUAUGGUGGCCUUCCAGGAUGUGGCCCAGAACCCAGCGAAUAUGUCAAAAUAUCAGAGCAAUCCAAAGGUUAUGAAUCUCAUCAGUAAAUUGUCAUCCAAAUUUGGAGGUCAAGCAUAAUAAUGCCCUUCUGACAAAUAAAGCCCUUGCUGAAGGAAAAGCAACGAUCACCUAAUGGAUGUCGCAAUAAUACAAACCAGUGUACCUCUGACCUUCUCAUGAAGAAAGCUGGGGUGCUGUGAAGAGAAUCCCUACCCCUCUGCCCCACAUGCAACUGAAACAUUCUAUAGUGGUUUGCCAUUAGGGUAGUCAUUCAGAUAAUGUUUUCCUACUAGGAAUUACAAACUUUAAACACUUUUAAACCUUAAAAAUAUUUAAAAACAUAUUAAAAGGGUGUGUUAGUCCCUACAUUUUUCUUUACUAAUCAUUUCAUUUUUUUUCCUUUGGAUUAAUUGGGCAAGAAAGAUACUUCAGUGUGGAAGAUUUAUUGCUCAGUUUGAGUGAAAUAAAGGUUUAUUAGUGGGAGGCAAAUAUAACAUUUAAAUAGAUGAAGUUUGAGUUGGAGAUAUGGUUUCUGAGGCAUUUUGACUUGUCUUCUUAAAUGCUUUAUUUUUUAAACACAGUUUAUUUGGAUAAAACCAUUGGGACCACCAGUAUUGCAGUAGGACCUGGGUAGGGACCGGAAGUGCUUGGCAGGGCAGCAGCAACCUUACUCCUUUUAUAUAGUGUGCACCCUUGUGCAGAUGCAUUUAAAUCUUACACUGUGGUGAAGGGAUGAUUUUUAUAAUGCUGCAGUAGAAUUGGAUUACUUAGCUGUGUUCUUGUCUGAUAUAGAAAAUAAAUGUUUGCAUUAUUUCCACAUAGGGGAAUUAAGGGAAUACUUUUCUUUUUAUAUUUCUGUGUUUAGAGUGACCUUCCUGGUCAGAAAAUACCCAUCUCUUUGUGUGCUUUCUACUUGUUUUCACUUGCCCCCCCCCCCCUUCUUGGGCUAAAGAUAGUCCUUUUUCACUGGCUUCAUCACUACUGUAUCAUUCACAGCAUAAUUGUGCAAGUAUAUGUCAUGCUGGGUUUAAUAUGUAAUAUAGUGAUUAUGUAAGGUAAUACCCAUAACAGCUGUAGUUUCUUACUUGGCCAAGCGAUUUCAUAUUUAAAUUAUAGGUUUCUACUUUGGUGAAAUCUUACCAUGUCAAAAGAUGUUGGAAGGAGGGAUUCCCUUUGGUGUUCAGUUUUCUACUUGGGAAAUACUGUUGCAGUUGGAGUUUAUCUUACAUUAUUCAUCUUCGUAGUUUGGAGAGUAUGAGGUUUGAAUUCAUUGAUAUACAUAGAGGGGAACCAAACUUCUUGAUCCAACGUGAAUUAUAAAAUUGAUGAGAUCCAUGGUUCUUCAUUUCGGGGUUGAUGAGUUGUGCUCCUGUUUAGUUCCUAAAUACUGCACCAUAUCCCCCACCUCUCCUUUUUCUCCCUCCUUCUCCUCCAAGGAUAAAGAAAUGAUAGAUUUUCUGUUGUACAUUCAACUCUUAACAUUAAUAAUUAAGACUAAGUCCAGGCACUGUAACAGGAAUUGCUAGGGUUCUGCCUGUCUUUCAAUUUAAAGUGCUGGUGUUUAAAAACAGUUUCAAGGGUAGGGAUGAGACCCUCUGUACUUUGCUUAUUUUGAAGAAUCAGUGGUAGGAGCAGUGAAAAAAAUUCCAUGGAAUACAUUUUUGAAGUAGCACAUUUCUGAAGUCAUAAGUUGAUUCAGGUUCUAACCCUUUGCUUACACAAGCAGAUAGAAAUGCAUCUGUUUUAUGAGUGAGAAGAGGCUGUAUGCUAACUCAGCAUGCUUUUUAAACCCUUUAAAAAUACUCAGCAUAUAAACUUGCGUUUGAGCUUGCCAGUGGUUUUUUUUGUUGUUGUUAAUGUGUGUUCUCUCUCAGAUUUUCUAAUGUGUGCUGUGAAUAACUCAAGAAGACCAGUUCCUUUUGGGUUCCUUAUUUGAUUUACUUAAUUAUAUAUUAAGUACAUUCUAACAUUGCAAAUAUUACCAUAAGUGGGUAAAAGUAAAAUUGGUCUUCUGAAAAUGUGUCCUGUGCUUUUAAGUUCCACAAAUACAAAGUACAUUCAUUUUCAUAGAAACUCAGUAUCAUUUCUAAACCAGAAGUGGUUUUUCUUGUGCUAACAAUGAUAUAAGAAGGAAAAGUAAAGGAGUUUUUUUCUGCUUAAAAAUAUAUAGUUAUUUGAUUUCUAGCUACAUUAAAAAUAAAGUAUGGUUUCAAACUGGA